GAAACACACGCAGUUUGUAAUCAUCCAUCAACUAGAUCAAUUUGUAGAGAUAAUAAUUUACAGCUCGAUGUUAGACAUGACAUCUGCUUUCUAAAGAAAACAUACACAAAUGGUGGCGUAACGUAUGAAAGAGGAGGAACAAAUGAAACUGUGUGUAUGAACAAUGCUGCACUCAGCUCUUUGAGGAAUCCGGACUGCAAAUCUCCAUCCCCGCCGGUAAAUACUGUGUGCUAUGAUUGUUGCACUGCACAUUGUCCCGAGGACAGGUUCUGCAACGAAAAGACUUACAUAAACCCUAACUACAUGCCAUCAUACAUGCAGACAGGAAGUUCAGGUUCCACUUCAGCACAGCACACAAUAAAACAUACAACUACAGCAACAACCACAUCUAAGCCUACUCCGCCAACAACAACACCAACCACUACAACACCUGUGCCAACAACGACUCCAACAACAACGACACCAACUACAACAACAACUACACCAACUACAACACCAACAACGACACCAACAACAACACCAACAACGACACCAACAACGACACCAACAACGACCCAUACAACGUUGGCAACAACUACGCCGAUUCCUACCACUUUACCAACUAUGCCAACUACAGUUACAACUAUAACAUCUACAACUCCAACUACAGUCAUAACAACUUCAGCAGCGGUAAAUGGUACUAAAUGUUUGGUGUGUACAGAAGAUCAAAGUGCUUCUUGUUCUCCUAUGGAUUAUACUGUGUGUAGUGGGGAGAGACCUUAUUGUCUCAAUGAAAUCAUAUAUCAUAAUGGUAAUUGGACAAAAACUCUUCAUAGAUGUGCAAGUAGAGUAGAGUGCUAUUGGGAUUACUGGAUUGGCACUGGUAACGGAACUGAAUGUAUUCAAAAUGGCGUGUGUACAUACUGUUGUCAGGGACCUAAUGGUAAACCUUGCAAUGCGAUGACGGAAAAACCAACAAACUUAACAAACUUUGGUCAAACUCAAAACAGAGCCUAUAAAUGUGUUGUAACCGGUCCACAAAAUGGGAAUAAGGUACAAGAUUGUCCUCCUUCAGAAAGAUUCUGUCUCAAUGAUGUGGUUUAUGACACAGAUCCGACGACUCAGAACCUUAUAACUAGGGAUUUUAGAAGAUGUGCAUCCCAAGAACAGUGUAAAGGAAAAUGGUUACAGUCGAGAAAAACCGACGCCUGUUUGACAGGGAAUAUGACCGGUGUUGAUGCUUCCAAAACAGGAAAUAAGCUUCUUUGUCAUUAUUGUUGUGAAUCCAAUGCAACCACCCCAUGUAAUCUUCAUCCUAAACCAGACCAAAUUAAACUAUUCAUACAACCAACAACACUCCCUGUAGUUCCAAGUACUGCAACACUUCCGGUAGUAUCAAGUUCACUUCCUGUUGCUUCAAGUACACUUCCUUCAGUUUCAAAUACAUCUAAGAUUUCUUGCCACCAAUGUGGCGAUACGUCAAAUGGCAUACCCUGCAGCAGCCGACAGGUUUCUACGUCACAGCUAAAAGAAUGUAAUGGAGCGUAUCCGUAUUGUAUGACAGAUAUCAUUCAGGAUUCAAAUGGAAAUGCAGACGUUUACAAAAGGUGUGUCACAGACCGUAUAUGUAGAAAAGAAUGGAUAGUAGAAACCGCAGAUGAGGACUAUUGUAAAAGAUAUGGAGUUGUCAAAAAUCCAUCCGCUUUCAAUUGCCAUUUUUGUUGCACGAGUGAUGGUUGCAACUCUGGUCUAGUUCCUAAUGCAACGACGUGGUAUAGACUGCAUAACGGAUAAAAAAUAAAAAAAUAAAAUGUACUUUAAGCAUAAAAUUUAUUUAAAAAACUUUAAAGUAAAAAGUCGCUAUAGAUUUCUUCAUUCCUCUAGCAAGGUUCUUACUUGAAUCAUAUUGGUGUUAACAAGUUCGCAAAGAUAAGCAAAAUGUUAAAUUCAUCGAAAUCAUCUCACUACUAAUGAAAUUUCAUUAUCGACAAACUGUCCCCAUUUGUAGAUCUAUUGGCACACAUUAAAAUUCUCGAUAACUUUUCUCUUUGCUCAGCAAAUCGUUAAGAAAAUAACCAUGUUUAUUGUUAACCUUAUUUCAUUUCAAAUAUAAAAACCAA